CGGGGAGAAGCGGGCCCUUGCCGGAAAAAGCUCGCACGUGUGCAAGCGGGGGACGGUUCCUACGGGGUCGCGUGGCUUCUCCCUUUCUCCAGCUGAGGCCAUGAGCUGCCCCGUCACCUGCGCUGCUUGGGUUCCUCGCGGCGUCGCCAAGGAGACGCCCGACAAGGUUCAUCUUGAAACAGAUGAAUUGAAACGCUUGGUCUCUGAAGCCAAAGAGAGACUGCAAGAUGCUAGUGAUGAUGAUGAUGAACAGGAGGCUUCAGGAGGCACCAUGGAUGUUGUUGAUGCUGAGGCAACUAGCUCAGCUCCCAACGAUGAGGACCAUGAAGAAAAUGAAAAGCUGGAUGACGAUGAACUGGCAGAAUAUGACCUGGAUAAUUAUGAUGAGGAAGAUGAAGGCACUGAGAGUCUUGGAAAGACCCUAGCAGGUCUCACAGUGUAUGGAAGCAAUGAAAAUGAUCCUUACGUCACUCUUAAAGAUACAGAGCAAUAUGAGCAUGAAGACUUCAUGAUUAAGCCCAGUGACAACUUUGUUGUGUGUGGCAGAGUUGAUAAGGACCACUGCAGUUUAGAAGUUCACGUUUAUAACCAUGAAGAGGACUCAUUUUACGUCCAUCAUGAUAUCCUCUUAUCAGCAUAUCCUUUGAGUGCGGAAUGGCUGAACUUUGAUCCUAACCCAGAGGAUUCUGCAGGGAAUUAUGUUGCCGUGGGCACAAUGAGUCCUGUUAUUGAAGUGUGGGACCUUGACGUAGUGGAUAGUUUAGAGCCAGUCUUUUCCCUCGGAAGCAAGAAAGCAAAAACGAAGAAGAAGAAAGGGAAAAAGAAUGCGUCUAAAGAAGACCAUCAAGAAGGGCAUACCGAUGCAGUGCUUGACCUUUCAUGGAAUAAACAACUCAGAUCUGUGUUGGCGAGUGCAUCAGCUGACCACUCCGUAAUUCUUUGGGAUAUGUCGAGGGGCACACCAGCAGCAACGCUUUCUCUUCACACAGACAAGGUGCAGACGCUGCAGUUUCAUCCUUUUGAAACACAGACUCUCGUCUCUGGUUCUUAUGACAAAUCAGCAAUUUUGUAUGACUGCAGAAGUCCACAGGAUAACCAUCGAAUCUGGCGCUUCAGUGGGCAGGUUGAAAGAGUGACUUGGAAUCAUUUUUCCCCUCACCACUUCUUGGCCAGCACAGAAGAUGGAUUUGUAUACUGUCUGGAUGCUCGUUCACAUAAACCAGUAUUUACAGUGAAAGCUCAUAACGAAGAAGUAUCUGGACUACAGUUAAGCAGCCAGAUUAAAGGAUGUCUUGUGACAGCAUCUGCAGACAAAUAUGUGAAAAUUUGGGACAUAUUGGGAGAUAAACCUAGUUUGGUUCAUUCCAGGGACAUGAAAAUGGGUGUCCUCUUCUGUGCAGCAUCUUGCCCAGACUUACCAUUUGUUUAUGCCUUUGGAGGAGAGAAACAAGGAUUACGUGUUUGGGACAUAAGCACAAUUUCUGCAGUGAAUGAAGUGUUUGGAAACCGACAGAGGCUGGUAGUUGCCACAUCAAGUUCUGAAGCAAAAAAUUCUGCUAGUGGCUGCAGCAGUGAUCCAGAUGCUGUAAUGGAACCAUGAUCUGGUAUUACAUUUUGCACUGUAUAAUAUAAAGUGAAUAUUGAUUCCAUGACUGAGCCAAAAUGAUUUAUCUACACCUAGAUAUUGGGCAAAUCUAAUCUUAAAAUCUGUUAAUGUAAAAGCUUGAGCUGCCCAUAUAAGCUUUUCUCUCUAAUGAGCAGUGAACAGAAAGGGAAAUU